AUGUCUCCAGGCCUACUUUACAUCCGGUGCCUCAAACUCAUCAUCCCCAUCCGCAUCACCCUCUCCUUUGCACUCUUUUUCAUCUCUAUCAAAGCAAACGUUGUCUAUUCGAGCGAUGGAAGUGAUUGGAGCAUCCAACCUCCUCUUUACCUCCUCUUGGCCACUGCGUGCGUCAACCUCUUGAUGGCUUGCGUGUCUGCCACUUGUUUCAUGAUAAGGGAUGACGAAUUGUUGCCUCCGAGGUUAAGAUGGGCAUCUGCUCUUUGUGGACUUGUGACGAGGGUGCUGUUGUUUGCGUUGGUCGUCACGACCGUCGUGGUCAUUGCGCAUGAUUCGGAUGAAGUUCAGUUCCGCAACCAAGAACUGUGUAGCGUAUGCCUGAUCGUUGGAAUGGCGAGAAAGUUGCAAGCCAUGCGAGCAGCUAAUGCAGCUGGAGAAGAAGAAGUACGCAAGGAGAUUACGAAGAGACUAGAGGCAGCGUCUAGGUCCAAUAGCGCAAUGUCCACUCCUAAGAUGGCUCCGGCUUCGCUUCGUGCCGUGUCGACAGAUGAUCUUCCUCCUUUGUACCUCAAGUAUUACAACAAUAGCGAGCAACUGGCUCCUUAUACUUAUAUCAAUUAA